AAUGUUUUUAUUUAACUUAUAGAAAUUAUUUAUUAUUAAAAUAAUGCCAAAGGCAAGAAUACCACCUCGUUCAACUGGGCCUGUAAAAGCUACAUCAACAGCUGCAAAUAAAAAUAUAACACCUGCAUGGACAGGAAUGAUAGGAGUGCCUGAAGUACCUACUUCAAAAGCUUUUGUUUAUGCAGAUAAUGAUGAUGAUGAAGAUGAUGAUAAUUUAUCUGUUCAUUUACGCUCUGAUGUUCAUAGUAUUUCAAGAAAUUCUAUCAAUUCAAUAAGAAAUAGUAAUGCAGGUUUUAAUUUAAAAAACUCAAUGAAUGCUUUAAACUUGAAUCAGUUUGUUGAAAACUCUGACAUGGUUUUUCAAAAAAGAAAUCAAGUGAACAAUAGUAGUUUAUUGUAUUCAGACAAUGUAAAAAGAAAGCAAGAACUAGGACCAAUUGAACCUAAUAUUUCAAAUGAGUUUGAAAAAUUAGUUUUAUCAGGAAAUUAUGUUGAUUUUUCUCAAGUUGCUUUAUUAAUUGGACAUGCUAAUAACCUUGAACAAGCAGAAGCUUUACUAAAAAGAGAUAUUUUAGCAUGGUUAGACUGUUUUAUGAUGUAUUUGUUAGUCAUUAGUUCUACUUGUCCAGGCAGGGUUUCAAAUUUAUUACGUUAUAGUCGAGUAAUUUUAUGGAUAUAUAAAGAGGCGCCAGAUAAUUCUGCAUGGUGGAGGUAUGAUAAAGCCUAUCGAAGAAUGGCAGCUAUUAAAGGAAACACUGAUUGGUCCUCUAUUGAAGAAGAAAUGUUUUCAGGAGCUGCCUCAGAAAAGUUUCGUCUAACUAUGCACUGUGUAGAUUGUCUUACAAAUAACCAUUUAAAUGUCAAGUGUCCAUUUCGAACCAACAUUCUUGUAAAAAAUCAACCUCCUGCGAAAAAUCAACUUCCUGCCAGAGUUACUCCUCAAAAACUUGAAAUUACAGAGUCACCUCAAAGAAAUGAUCAAAUUGAAAAAGCACUUGCAAAUCCAGAGAAAUCUGCUAGAAAACCCCAAGAGGGCUUACAGUUAAAAUAUGCAUUUGGUUAUCAUGGGUAUAAUUCUUGCAACAAUCUUUUUUACACUCAAUCAAAUGAAAUUGUUUUCCACACAGCUGGCGUUGGUGUUAUCUAUAACCAGCAAACACAUGAACAACGUUUUUAUAUGGGCCAUGAUGAUGAUAUUUUAUGUCUUACUAUUCAUGAUGAUCAGGAUUUGAUUGCUACCGGACAGAUAGGUCGCCAACCUUGUACUCAUGUUUGGGAUAUUGUAUCAUUAAAAAAUGUUGCUGUUCUGAAAGGUUUUCAUAAAAGAGGGAUUAUAUGUGUUGAUUUCUCAGGUGAUGGUGAAAUGUUAGCUGAUGUAGGUUUAGAUGACGAUCAUUGCAUAUGUAUUUGGAAUUGGAAAAAGCAAGAAAAACUUGCUACUACAAGAGGUCAUAAAGAUGUUAUCUACAAUUUGGAGUGGAACCCGUAUGAAGUAAAUAAAUUUGCUUCAGUAGGGGUAAAGCAUAUUAAGUUUUGGACAAUUGUUGAUAGAAAAAUUGAAAAACGAACUACAAAUUGUGGAAAGCCAGGUGAGCUAACUGAUAUGUUGUGCAUAUGCCAUUCUCCCCAAGAAGAUUUGUGUUACACUGGUGCUGCUUCUGGUGAAAUAUAUGUAUGGCAGGGUAGUACAUACAGAAAAGCUAUACCGGCACACAAAGGACCUGUUUAUGCUAUUUUUGCAAUUCUUCAAUCAAAAGAUAAGGGUUUUGUGUCUGGUGGAAAAGAUGGCGUUGUUGUGGUAUGGGAUGAAAUGUUUAGCCAAGCAUUACGUGCUUUUAAGAUAGAAACUUCACAAUUUCCUCCAGGUACAAUUCUUCUCCGUGACUGUCCUGAAGUACGAUCAAUUCAUACAGAUGAAGGAAAUAUUCUUGUAGGCACUGGGUCUGAUGAAAUAAUACAAAUACAUUAUGAUGGUUCUAUGGAAAUGAUUCUCCAGGGACAUGGGGAAGGAGAACUUUGGGGUCUUGCAGUCCAUCCAUUUGAAUUCGAAUGUGCAACUGUAAGUGACGAUCAAACACUUAGGAUUUGGAACCUUGGUGCACACAUCAUGAAAAAAGUAGCUGUAUUAAAAAAAGGCGGCCGAUGUGUUUGUUACCAUCCCAAUGGGGAGACUAUGGCAGUUGGACUCAAUGAUGGAAGUUUUAUGAUUAUGGAUUCAAAAACUUUAAAGACAUUAGUUCUUACAAAAGACCGAAAUGAAGAGAUUUCAGAUAUUAAAUUUUCACCAGAUGGAGUGUACCUUGGUGUAGCAUCUCAUGAUAAUAUGUUAGAUGUAUAUCAUGUCAAGAAGGGAAGAAAAAAAGCAGUUUGUAAAGGAAAUUCAAGUUAUUUGACACAUUUUGAUUGGUCAAAAGAUGGUCGACUUAUUCAAACAAACUCUGGAGCUCGUGAGCAUCUUUUGUUUGAAAUUCCUUCUGGUAUGAGAAAAACAAUGGGCACAGAUGUGGUUAUUCGCCUAGAAUGGGCAGAUUUUACAUGUGUUAUAGGCCCAACUGUAAAAGGAAUUUAUCCCCCUCUUACUGAUGUAACAGAUGUGAAUACAUCAAAUCGCACUAAAGACUAUAAACUUUUAGCUACAGGUGAUGAUUUUGGAUUGGUUAAAAUAUUUCAAUACCCAGUGUUGAUGCGGGGUGCAAAAUGUCGAACUUAUAAAGGUCAUUGCAGUCAUGUUACUAAUGUUAAGUGGACUUGUGAUGACAGGUUUCUGUUGUCUACAGGAGGAAUGGAUGCAACUCUAUUACUUUGGGAACGUGUUCCUGCUGGGCAAGAUUUUCAGGAAGAAGACACUGAUAUAGUAGUUCAACCAAAAUUUAUUCCGACAGGACCAGUUAGUUAAUGUUUUUUGUACAAAUAUGUAUUUAUAUAAUUACAUAUACACACAAACACAUAACUUAGUUUCAUUACGCACAAACGCAUAUUGGAGCAAUUUUUUUAAACCAGUUUUAUUAUUUAUUAAUUGAAACCAUUUGUUUCUUUUGAAAUCUAAUUUUUAUUGAAACUUUUUUAUUUUUUAGAUUAUUGAC